UCUUCGAGCUGCCAGCCCACCACUGUCAACGAUACUAGACAAGCUUUUUUUCUUCUGGAUGAGAACAGUCGCAGGAACUGUUCAGAAGUAAAUGACUUAAACUAAAUCAAUACAUUCAUGUUACUGCUGGCUGGAAACAUUAAGGUGUGUGUCUAUGGUUCACGUACAACACGUUAACCAGGAGCUUUUUCCAGACACAGAUUUCUCUAUUUGCAAAGGUAGUCCGGCACGAGGCAUUGGUUGGGUCCAACGUUAUGGUUGACAGUUUCUCAGUGAGGUAACUUUCCAAUAUGGAAGACAGUUCUGGAAGUCUACUGAGUCGAUGAUGAUGAGAACGUUGGCCUGCAAGUUAGUUUUUGAUGCAAUCAGUUCUACAAAAACGAUGGCUAUUUCUCCUGAAGGCAUCUAGUGACCGAAUUAGUGUUCUUUUCUUUCAAAAUUUGUCCUCCUGCCUGCACUUUUAAAGGUGUGUAGAUUAGUUUAUGUUUGCACAGCUUCCAUCAGAUUUGCAAAUAUUGCAGCGAAACUGAAGAAAGCUUAACGUGUGAUUUUUUAAAAAAUUACUAUUUCGUAAUCUGCAAGGCGUUGGUAAGGAGAUAUUCAAAUAACUUCUUAAAAGCUGGAGCUAAAUGAAGAUCAAAAUAAAUUAGGAGGCGUACGUGUUAUUUUGAAGCGCUGUAUAACCUAAGUACCUGAACACUGUUGAACUGGACAAACCACUCGGUGUGUUUCUGAUUACAGAUACUCCCUAUAUAUUCCAGGUUUGAUGAUUUACUUGAUCAAUUUCUACAGAGUUAAUCAUUAAGCUUAUUGGCGAACUACAGUACAAGGACACAUCUAUAGUUCUCUGACACAGUGCAAUUGACAUUUCCAAUUCAAGAAAGAGAGCUCUGUUUGAAGGCAAGGGAUUGCAUUGUUGGGGGAAACCUGGCUGCCUCUGGAAGGAAGUUUUGUUUUCCCGAUUCCAGUGCUGCUGAUCGAUAUCUCCCCCAACUUCUGUCGCCCGACGCCAGGAAAGAAGAUUGGAGGACAGUUCGACAUGGCGCAAGUUGUAGAAUUUACCGUCUUAGUGUUACUGCUCCUGCAGUUCAUCCCAUGUCACAAGUGUUCAAAACUAUCUGACCUAAAAAUAUGUGGAGAUCCUGAAUGUGAAAGAUACCUGAGUAGAGUAAAAGCUACGAUGGACUACGUUGGUCAUGAUUGUAGAUUCCUUACAUUCAAGUCUGGAGACUCAAUACUUGUUUAUUUUAAGUUGGCUGGGAAAAGAGGCGAUUUAUGGGCUGGAAGUAUAGGAAAACAGUUUGGGUAUUUUCCAAAAGAUGCAGUUCAAGUUGAAGAUGUAAUAGUAUCAACUGAAAUAGAACUACCAACCAAGGAAAGUGACUUCCUUUGCCUUGAUGGUGGUGAUUAUUACGUUGAAAGUAAAGAAAGUGAUUCAGUCAAUGGUGACUAUGCAGAAAAUUCAAAUUCAGAAGAAAUAACAUCCAUAUUAGGACAUGAAUCUGAGUCCAACAAAAACAGCCAGGAUUACAAAGGUAAUUCUGCUAAAGAUGAACCUGUGGACAAUUUAGUUAAUCUUUAUAAAGAGCAGUUUCAAAGAACACAUCAUGCUACCGAUGGUGCUGUUUUAGAGAUGACACCCAGUAACGAACAAUUUCAGCCAAGUCUAGCAACUGAUGAAGUUGGACAAAUCAAUGAGUUCCUUUCACCAGCUAAUUAUCUGAAUCAAUUAAGUGAAGCAAGUGCCUCAAAACACACAGAAAACAAUGAGUUAAAAUUAGACACAGGCCCUGAAUCUGUAAACAAAUAUAUUGACCCAGAAGGCGAACCUUCUGGGCAGGAGAUUGGUAAAGACCCUGCUAUCGCAUCUGAAAGUAAUGAAGAAUCUAAAUUUCUGCAAGAAGCAUCUAGUUGGAUUGGAUCUAGAAUUAGCGGGUGGUUUGGUUCAAAAAGCAAUCUGAAUAAAGAGCCUGUGGAAUCUACAGAUGAGUCUUUACAGAUAAACUCCUUUAAAAGUCGAAAAAUUGCAUUAGGCAAUGCUGAAAACGCUGCAAUAUCUGAAGUGAUGGAUGAUCAAAUUAACAAGCAUUACAACGACAAAGAAAAGUCAUCCUGGAUUAGUGGUUUGUCCAAACUGUUCAGCUUCACCAGUGAUUCACCAGAAGAUGCUUUAUCCAGUGAUGAUAAUAAAGGUAAAGAAGAGCUUGAAAAUGCUAAUUCAUAUUCUGUUGAUGAUUCAACAGUCCCAAGUAAAAGUGCGAUACCUAACUUGGAAAACAAAAUGCCUGACCUUUCAGUUCCAGUUGAAGUAAGGCUACAAGCAAAUAGUCCACAGAAACCAGCACAACAUACCGAUGAAGCUACUCAGAAUUUAAUGGAUAAUGAUCAUUUGAGGUUUAAAUUUACUGACAAAGUAUGGGCUCGCCUAACUGGUAAAGCUGAGGAUUUGGGCAUAUCCAAAGAAACAAAAAAUAUUGGAGUAAAUAAUCCAAUGGAUACAGAUGAUAUCACUGAAAGCAAUGAAAACACAAUGAGUAGUGAAUCUGAAGUUCGUUCUCCCAUACUUGCAUUGGAUCAGGCUCCAAGAGAAGGGGGUGCAUUGAUUGUUGAUUCAUUAAUAAAUGAAGAACCAAUCCAGUACCCAGAAGUGAGUUUCUGUAAAGUGGAGAAUGAUAUUUAUUGCCACUCUGAAGGCUUGCAGCAGGCUGCCGAGGAACAUGGGGUAACACAAAGUGAAAGCACUCAAUUUGUACAUUCUACAAAUAGUUUAGAAAAUAGUUUUAGAUUUGAUAGUGCAGCAUCAAAGCUUAAAGAUAUGUGGAAAUUAGAAGCUCAAAAUCUGCAAGAGAAAAAUUCAAUGUUAUAUUCAAAAUUUGUGGGAGAUAAUAAACCUUUGACUCAGGACAGUCUCCACAAAGAACAAUAUCUGCAAGAACAUUUAAAAAUUCCUUCAGUAGUUAAACAAUCUGGCUCAGAUUAUAUGAUGUCUACGACACGUAAAGAUCUACAAAUUGAAGAAACAUCACGUAGCCAACAUGAUUUUUUACACAAGCAGGAUCUAAUCUCUUCACUGAAAGAAUUUGGUGUUGUAAGUAAGGGUGAAGCUUUGGAAUUUGGGUUGCAUGAGGAACAACAACAUGUAACAUUAGAUUCUGAAUUAGCACCUACUAGAGAUCAGAGUUCAGAAAGUAUAGUAACAAACACUGCAAAACCUUCAGCAGGGACCAAUUUACAGGCUGAAGAAUCUUUACAAAAUAAUUUAGUUUCUGAAUUGGAACCAGAUCUGCAUCUUUCAAAUACUGCUGAUUCCGUAUCACAGUAUACCUUCCAGAAUGAAGAAGAAUUUUCACAAGAAAACAUAUUAAUAAAAUCAGAUUCACAGCAUAUUGCUGUGACAGACAGUGAUCAAUUUCCAGAAAAAGAAUUGCAUCAUGAAGAACUAAUCUCACAGCUCCGAAAUAUUGAAUCAACAAUGGAACUUGAACAGUUUGGUAUUUCAGGUGAAAAUAAGCUAUUAUCCCAGAAUGAACAGCAAGCUUUAAAUUCUGAAUUUGAUGAUGGCAUUCCUUCUUCACAGGAUGAAUUAGGGAGCAGAGAAGGCACCACAGAAGGAAAGUAUGUAACAUCGACAAAGCAGCACACUUUAGAUAGUUAUAAUCUUUUAACACAGAAUGUAAAACAAGCUUUAGAGGAAAUCUAUCUAUCAAGUUUGGUCGAUAAAAAGAUCACAGUUACAAAUACCUAUGGUCCUUCCUUACAAAAACAACUGAGUGAUGAAACCCAGACAGUACUGCCUCUGCAGCCAGUUUCAGAUCCGAGUCAGGCUCUGCCACAGGAAAAAUUUUACAGUGGCAGCAACACCUUGCAACAACAAGCCCCAGUAUCAGACUCUGAAUCCAGUCAGCUUACUUCAGAUCAUGGUAAAGCUGAAUUACAGCAAUGCCCGCAUAAAGAAGAGCAUGUUUUCAAAGAGUUUCCACCCAUUAAACUUGAAUCUAAUCUGGCUGCUCCAGAUGUUGAUAAAUCCCGUUUACUGAAAAAACGUGAUGGACAAGACUUGCAAGAACACCAAAUAAGUUGUACUUCUGAAUCUAACUGGCUUUCUGUCUUGUGUCGUAGUAAAUAUGCAUUGUCUGAAAAAUUGCAUGAUAAUGAGGAAAUUCUCCAGGCAAGCGUUUCGACAUUUGGACAGUCUGAACAACAUACUGAUUCAGAUAAAGAUAAACUUCUGUUAGAUGAAAAAUUGGAUGAUAAACACCAGGUUUUACAGACACCAUAUACAGUUUCAGAUUUAGCUUUAAGGCCGUUUACUGCAACAGAUAAAACAGAAUCCUUAUUGCAAGAAAAAGAACAAACUUUAUCAGAUCAUUUAUCAAAUUCACAAGUCAAAGAUUUCAAUGUUUCAAAUGAUGGCAAAACCUUGAAACAGGAAAACCCUUUCCAUCAACAAAACAUCAUGGGCGAUGAUGUAACUUUAGAAUCAGGAGAACAAUCUGUUGUUUUACUUACCACAGAGGAUCUGUCAGAGGAAAAAACAAAAGUAACCAAAGUUAAUAGUAACACAACCAUAAGUAGUGAGAAAGAAAACAAGAUGCAUAAAACUAUAGAACCUGAGCCUUUAGGAGAGCUUGUGAAUUCACUGCUUUCUGAGAAUAUGAAUCUUACCGGAGAAAGUUUCAAUCGGGCUGAGGACACUGAUACCAAAGUUGAACCACAACAGAUUAUUGAGGAAAUAAGGGGAGUUGAAACAAAUGACAACCAUAGAGAGAUUAAGGAUACAAUAAGUGAAAAAGCCACACAACCAUUGAUUGAUCCUAUUACCCUAAACGCGUGGACAGAAAAAGCAUUGAGUGAUUCUGAAAAGCUGACAGACAUCUCCACUCAUAGAAGUCAACAUACAAGUCAGUUAAGUGCAGCAGUUAAGCCUAAUCCAGAUGCUGCCACUGAAAAUAUAAAUCAAGCUAUUUCUGAAAAUGAAUAUAAAACAAGACAUGUGACUGAUGAAGAAAUAACUCGAGCAAGAGAUAUUACAUCCAGUGACGAUCAAACUAGCAGUUCCGCAUUCUGGGGAGUACAAUCACCUUUAGAAGAAGGAAAGAAACCAUUUGAGAAACUCGGAGUAAGGCAUACAUCAUCUGAUAGCACAAACCUUUAUAAUAAUCUUAAAUUAUUAAAACAGCACAUGGGUAUUGCUCAUCUGCAGCAUUUGGAAGGAUGCUUUGAUAAAACAAAGCUCUUACAGUUGCAAGAAAUUCUUGAACAGCUAGAGAAUGAGAGUUGUAAUAAUGGUUUUAAUAACAUUCUCCGAAAAGUAAACACUUUUGAAGAUAGUUUCUGGGAAAACAAAGACUUCAAAUGUGACAAGAAUGAUGCAAAUAUUGAAUAUAUAAUGAGUGAAAGCCAACAUGAUGAAGAUACAGGGAUGUUUCAAAAGCUACAAGAUAUCCUAACUGCCAUCAAAUUGAAAUGCACCUCAAAUGACUCUAGAUCAAGCACCAUUAAAGAUGCUUUCAGUUCAGGAGAUGCUUUGGAAGCUGGUGUUACAAAUAACAAGCAAAUUUCAGAUAUUUUUGGUGAGAAUGGUCAAACAAACAAAGAUAUCCAGGAACAGAUGAGGACCAAAGAUAUUACUUCAGAAGUCAUGGAGACACCAAUAUUGGAAAUGCCGCUGUCAAACCUUACAGAGAAACUACCAGAUUUGGAGAAAGCAGCUGUCAAAACUGUGAAAACGAAAUUAGGAAAUCAUUUACAGAAAAAGUCACAUGAUAUUAAGACUGAUGAAAGAGCUUAUGACAAGACAGAAGACAAAAUAUCAUCUUCAUCUUUGAAUAAAGAUUUUGAGGUUAAAAAAUCAUCAUUAAUCAUCAAUUCAAAAGUCAAAGUUGCAACUGAAGAUAAUAAUGAAUAUCAGCCGAGUGUCCAGAAAAUAGAUGUCUACAAAGUAGCCAGUAGAUUUUACCUUGAUUUCCAGGCUAUCCAGACAUUAACUGACCAGUUCAUCAAAAAUUUCUAUCUGAAGAUGAUGGAUGUAUUGUCUGAAGAUCCUGAAGUUACUUUGAACCUUCAUGGUACUUACGCCAAAUUGUUCCUGAUACCAGCUUUGGUGGGGUUUGUUACCACAUUUCUGUUUAUACAAAGGAUCUGCCGAGCAAUCAAAAGCAGAAGGUACUUGGGGAGAGAAAAACAACUUGCAGGAACAGUUUCUCAGCUAGUUGAUGAAAAAUGUAAAUUUCUCGAAAGACUAAGUGAUUGCACACAAAAGUACAAAGAAUUUGAAUCAUCCGUAAAGAAUGCUGCUGACUUAAAAGAAUCGACAGAAACAAAAACUUUACAGCUUCAGGACACGUAUGCCAAGUUGGAUAAAUCAAAUGGCAAUCUUAGACAAACCAUUGAUCAGCUCACAUGGGACCUAGAGGAAGAAAAGCAAACGAGAUCCCAAUGCAGCAAUCUGAUUACAGAAAUCCAAGCGAAUUUAACUGCCCUAGAAAAUGAAGCACAGAAUCUUCAAGUCCAAAUUGAAGAGACAACAAAUGAAUUAAAAGCAAUUCAGAUUAACAACUCAAAGCAUCAGGAAUCCUUCCAAACUGCGCAAGAAGAAAAUCAUCAUCUUAAACAAAGCAAAGAACAGCUAUUGCAAGAAUCAGAAGGGUGGGAGGAGCGGUGCAGUGAACUUACUGAACAAAUUAAACUAUGUGAGAAGUCACAGAAGGACAUUCAGAGAGUUGUUGCAAGUAAAGAGAAUGAGGUGAAGACUCUGACAAGCUGCCUUCUAAAGAUGAAACUAUGGAAUGUAGCGGAGGAGGAAAGGCCUGCCGAAGAAAUGUCGGAAGAACAACAGAAGGAAAAAAUUGAAAAAUUGAUUUCUGUUGCCAAGUUAAAUGCUGGUUUGAAAUCAGCAGAAGAUGAAAGAAAUCAGAUUUACAGCAAGUUAUCUGAUGAAAUCAAAGCAAAGCAAGAGCUAAUGGAGCGAAUUGGAAAACUUCAAUUAGAACAGACUUCGCUACAAAAUGAGACAACUCAAUUUAGGACUGAAUACAAGACCAUUCAGCAGAAGUUAAAGAUCAUGACAGAAUUAUACCAUGAGAAAGAAAUGGAGCUUCAAAGAAAUCUGACAUUAGAAGAGCAUCAGCGUCUACAGAAGGAAGAGAAGCUUUCUGAAGUCGAUGAAAAGAUUAAUCAAGCGACUGAGGAGCUCAGCAUUUAUAGGCAACGUGCUAAAGAUCUUGAAGAAGAAUUACUUAAAACUAUAGAGUCGUAUAAAAAUCAAAUUGUAUCUCAUGAGAAAAAAGCACAUGAUAAUUGGCUGUCCGCUCGUGAAGCAGAUCGAGAGCUUGGCAACAUUAAGAGAGAGAAUAUUCACCUUCGGCAAAAGAUAACUGAAGCGGAACUCAAAUUGGACAUAGCAUUGAAGGGUCCACUUGUCAAUGAUAUAUCUGGAAGACCAGCAUUAUUAAGUUCUUCAACACUUGUCCCACCUUACAGAGGAAGUUCUCCAUAUGACUCUUCUCCAGUGGGUCGACCUGGCUCUGAUUCCGUGGGUUUUCUGUCACCUCCUUUGGUAGAUGGACCCUUAAGGUUUUCACCUUUGCUUCCUGGAAGACCAGAUUUCAAAAGUCCAUCUGUUCAUGCCUCAAAUGAAAAUACAGAUUCAGUCUCUGACCAAUUGUCUGAUCAUCACGGUCAGCAGUCUGAUAGUGGGUCAUUGUCCCCUGUGUGGGAAAGAGAACGGAAGCUGUUGGAGAUAUCAUCAGGUGAAUGCCCAACGCUAGAAAGUGGCAUGGAAAUUUCAAAUUCUGCUCCAGGGAAUCAGACCCAAGUCCAUGGUACAUCAAAUAUAUCUAUAAAUCAAACCUUUCCUACUGAAGCUGGCUUUGGAAUUAGACCUGGUUUUGCUUCUGCCUCUCCUAAGCAAAUACCUUUGUUACCUUUUGAUCCACGAGGUCAUUUCCUGCACAGGGGAAUUCCACUUCGUCCACAUAGUGGAAUCUAUGGCCUUCCAGAACGCAUCCCUCUAAGAGCUUUUGGUUUACCACCUCAUCCUCCCAUGAGAAUGCGGGAUCCUGUGCAGCCCGGAGUAAACCCACCACCUCAGCCUACAUUUCUUCCACCUAGACAACUUCUAGAUAUUACAAGUGGUCUUCUUCCGUCUCGACAGCCCCUACCCAAGUUUUCUGCAUCAGAUCACCCUACACAAGAAAAGUGAAUUACAGAAAAAGGAGCAUCUCUAUGGCCAUGUUAAGUCAAUGAAGAUGUGGAUUGCAAGUUAAGUAUAAUUUAAUUGUUUGUUAUAAUUGAUAUUUAAUACAGACUUUCUAGCUUGGAAUAAAAGGCACUUUCUGAUAGUGCUGUUUACAAGUUGUACACCUCAGGAGACUUCAUGGAGUUUAUUGAACUUUUACUGUGCCCUUGUACAAUAGUUUAACAUGCAUUAUUAACAGCAUUGUAUGCUGUAGUUGUGUAUGGAAUUUUGUAAAUGCAAGAGUUUUUUUUUAAAAAACAACAAAUAGUAUUUGAACUGCUCGAGAUCUUAACCAGAAAAUACCAUAUGUGGUGCUGUCUUUAAUUCCACUUAUGUAAAUGCAGAUUUAUACUCUAAUAUAAAAAGGAAUGUUUGAAGAAUGUUUAGAAUAUAAAAGUUUAUUGUAAAAUACUGAAAAUAAGACAAGUGCUCAAUUUAAAAACAACUUUAGAUGUGUAAUUCUUUUCAUACAGACAUCUGUACACAGGAAUGAAGGUAAAUCAGUUAUGGGAUUUUACAACUUUGACUAGUUCUAGGAAUUAGUUUCUGCUUGAAUUCAUCUUGGCAUUUAAUUCUUUGACAUUUCAAAUCUACUUCACAUUGAAAGUUAGUCACUUUAGUACUACACAGUUUAUCUAAAGCCAACUCUGGUAUUCCUAGACAAAUCCUAGAUAUUACAGCUACAAUUCAUUUCCACCAUAGCCAUUUGAAGCAUUUUCAA